UAAACACUCACAUCUUUUCUGUUCAGUUGUCUUUAGCUCUUCAGACUGCUGCUUCACCUAAAACAGUGCUAGCCUGUUAGCUUAUAGCUAGCACCAUUGCAAGAUGAGCAUCUAAUGUAUGCGGAAUGCGCAACCAUUGCGGAUGUGGUGCUGUCAGAAAUGCGCAUUAAUGCGGCAGAAUACAGACGUCAACAUCACAGAGAAAACCGAGAUAGCAUUUUGAAAAUGACACUCAGUUUGAAGCAGUGUUGUGUUGUGUUGUUGUAUUUCAGCUCCGGUGGUGAAUCUCUGCCUGAUGAAGCUUCUCACAGUUUGACAACUGGCGGCUGGGUUUAGCUUUUAGCUUUAGGCUUUUACGCACUGUUGUUUAGUUUGAGAUAUAUUUUAAGAAAUAUUAAUAUAUGUGAAAACAAUAGCGAGAUUUAAGCGCUGGUACAGUAGCCAUAUAACUUUCUGGACUUUAUUGUGUAAUCACACAAUUAGUUUGUCUUUCUCUGAGAUGUUGUGAUGUCUUAUUUCUUUUUAAAAGUACUAUUAAAAUAUUAAAUUGGGAUACUUUAACUCUACAUUGCUUAUGAAGUCACUCAGUGGUAUGUGUGGCAGCUAUUGUCAAAGAAGGUUUAUGAUUAUCUGAUUCAGCAGCUGUAAGUUAAAAUGCAUUUAGCAGUAGGUUUAGUUUUACCAUGAACUUGUGUUAAUGGGGCAGCAGCUGCCAGGAUCAGAAUUGGCCCGCCAGUCAGUUCUGCUGUGAAUCAGGUCUGACCCAUGACUGAGUACUACGAGGAGGGGGGGCUGCUGUACGAGCAAUCACCUCCCAUGCACAUCAAAGUGGAGUCUCCGGAGGGACCCUUUGGAGGGGGAGCCUCAGAAAACGGCUUCCCCAGGGAGGAUGAGGACUCAGAGGGCAGCUGUGACCAAAACAGUGGAUUACCUGGGGGUCUCCCCUUCAAUGUCGUAGUGGUGCAUCCCAACAUUAUGGCACCUGGCAUGUCUUCAGACGACCUUUUGUCAAUCGAACAAAACAGAGCUAUGUCAGCCGCUUUGGCUGCUGGUGGUGCAGGAAAAAGAAAAAGUCGCUUCAGUGGUGCAGAGCUGGAGGUGUUGGUGUCAGAAGUCACUCGAUGUGAAGGAGAGCUUUUCGGUCCUGCAGGGAGGCUCAGGCGGCGGGAGAGAGAGCGCAUCUGGGCAGGAAUCCUAGAGAGAGUUAACGCUGUUUCAAGAGUCCCACGUACCCUCCGGGAGGUGAAGAAGCGAUGGGAUGACUUAAAGAGACGCAAUGGAGGCAGGCUAGCAGAUGCUCGCCACCGCAGCUGCUACCUGCCAUCCAGCAGAGGGACCUCAAUGCAUGGUCAUCCUUCCCAGACGAGCCCCAGGCUUCAACAUACCAGGCAAAAACAAAGCAUUAGACCAAAGCCCAGUUUCCCAUGCUUCCCUGACUCGGACACAGUUGUAGGAAUGGAAGGAUCAGAAAGAGAUGGUUUGGAGAAAGAUGAGGACAAUCCUGAGCGUGAAAGAGACAUGGGAGAACCUGAGUGUGAGCCAGUGGAGAACAGCAUGGAGGACAAAUUGGGGUUAGGACUCGGCCUGGGCAUAGGGCCACCUCCUUCAUCAGAACGAUGGCUUCCUCCUUCUCCCCUUUACAGUGCUCCUUUCCUUAAUGGCAGCCCCCAGCCCAGCAGUCCUCAGCCAUCACUUGGAGCGCAGGGUCCUCUGGAAGCCCCUCCACGCAGCUCCUGGCUUGAAGAUGAGCUACGAGGGUUAGGGGAAGCAGCAAUUCAACUGGGAAAUCGGGUAGAAAAGAGUUUGCGGGAAUUUGCAGAUGGCUUCAGACAGGACAUGAGAACACUUGUUGCCUCACAAGAGGCAUUAGCAGUCAGUCUACAACAAAACAAUGUCCUCUUGCAAAGGUUACUAGGAGUGCUUGAAGCCCAACAACAACCACAGCCACAGCAACACCGUGCACAACAGGCACACCAAACACAAACAUCACAACAGCACUUACAAUCACAGCCAGCUCAGCAGCAGCAGCAGCAGCAGCAGCAGCUGCAGCACAUCGAACCACAGAAGCAGCAACCACAACAGCAGCAGCAGGUUGAUGCACCUCUGCAAACGCAACUUAAGAAUAAUCCGCAGCAGAUGCCAGUGGUCACCCAGCAUUCAAAUAAUCAGUCAGCAGUAGCAUUGGCGCCCUCACCAUCGUCCCCUGAUGAACAUAGCACUUUUCCUUCUGAUCCACCAACAGACACGAAUGGGAGCAUGCAGAGGCCACGGCGAGGGAGAGCUGUUGAUCACAGACGCAGGAGACGGCGCUAAAGUAAAAGUACAAAAUGGACAUUGUGGAUAUUCAGUGUUUGAAAUCUAACAAGAAAUUACGCUUUUUUGAAAGGGUUUCUACAAAAAAUAAACAGACUUAUUAUGAGUGUUAUAUAACACUCCAAAUCAGUACUUCAUCUCGCACUUAAGUACAUCUUCAGAGAGGACUGAAGUAGAUGAGCAGAGAAGACACAUUACCUUUGAAAAUAGGGUGGCCUUAUUGUAAGGUUGGUUUCUUGACAUUAUUGUGCAAAAACAAAUUCUGGAAAAAAUGCUCGAUGGACUGCUCAUUUGAGUUUUUAAUCGCCGACACAACACCAAACUGUAGGUGCAGAUGUUUCAUAUGCAUGUCGCUGAGCUGCAAAACUCAUGAUGCUCUCUCUAGGUCAGUACUGUCUCAAUUCUCCUGAUGCACUAACUACAUCGUCGUUAAAUACCUGUAACCUGCAGUUGUUAUCCUAUAUUGUAGUUAUUCAGCUACUGUAAUUACCUGCUAAUGUAUGCAUUUGCUUUUUAACAGUUUCAUGGUAUAUACUUCUUCCAGCUUUCAUUGGACAAUAAAGUUAAACUCUGUUCUGUUUUGUGUUUUCAGAGGAAAAUAUAUAUACAUUGAAAAUAGCCAGUUUUGGUGUUUUGCAAAAUGAACAAUCUUCAAACAUAAACAUCUCAGCUGUUUAAUACUUUAAAAUCACAUGUUUACAAUGAAACUACAAAGAAAACAUACAUAUGUAGGGGCUAUUUAUUAUAAUCUUGCAUGCAGUAUGAUGGAUGUGUUUGUAGAUAGAUGCAAACAGCAUAUGGCCGUCUAAGUAGUUUUGCAAAAGCUUUAUUUUGUAGAUAACUACUGUUUCAUUGAAAUGUAACAAAGCCUCAAUAAAGACCAGACAUGAACUGAAAAUAAA